UCGGUCGGAGUGAGAUGUGAGAUACUCCGGAGCAAAACGGGAGGUUAAAUCGUCGGAACGGAGAAAAUUGAGAAGAUGUGAUUAACUCGUUGACAGACCGCUCAUUAAGCCGAGUCGCUCGCCAAAUGUCAUUCCCGAGCUAAAUGCGGGACGUGACUGCUUAGUGAGCGCUACAUCGACACAAUGCCUGGGAAGAUAAAAGUGAAGAUACUGGCAGGCCGCAAUCUGCCAGUGAUGGACCGUUCCGGCGACACAACGGACGCUUACGUGGAACUGAAGUUCGGCAAUAUAACUUACAAGACGGACGUGUGUCGAAAAUCCUUGAACCCGCAAUGGAACUCGGAAUGGUAUAAGUUUGAAGUUGAUGAUGCUGAGCUGCAAGACGAGCCAUUGCAAAUCAGAUUAAUGGACCAUGAUACGUACUCUGCCAACGAUGCGAUAGGCAAAGUUUACGUUAAUCUAAAUCCACUGCUGUUACCUGGUAUGCUGCCUCCAGUGAAGAACAUUUGGACCCUAGAGGCAGCUAUGAACACCAGUGCUGGUUCACAAGGAUCAGUUAUGACUGGAUGGAUACCUGUAUAUGACACAAUGCAUGGUAUACGUGGCGAAGUUAAUAUUAUCAUUAAGGUGGAGUUGUUCUCUGACUUUAACAAGUUCAGACAGUCGUCCUGUGGAGUGCAAUUUUUUUACUCACCUAAUAUACCAUAUGGAUAUCACGCGCAAAUGAUACAUGGAUUUGUUGAAGAACUUGUGGUCAGUGAUGAUCCGGAAUACAAGUGGAUUGAUAAAAUAAGAACACCCAGAGCUUCAAACGAGGCACGGCAGACGCUGUUUUUUAAAUUGAGCGGAGAGGUCCAGAGAAAGAUUGGAUUAAAAGCGCUGGAUCUUGGUGGAAAUGCUGUGAUUGGAUAUUUGCAAAACUUUGAUCUGGAAGGCGAGUCCGGUAUCGUUGCCAGAGGUAUAGGUACGGCGGUGACGCUCGUAAAACUGCACGACGUUCUCGGUUUCCCUUGCGACAGCGUCAAUAUCGAAGAGAUCGCAUUCACGCUUUCCUCACGCACGAUAGCGCGAACGGAACGUCGUUACGUCGAUGAUAGUAUGCCGUUCAUCCCAAUAUCUAUUCCCGCUUCGUAUCCCAUUCGCAUAGACAGGAAUCUCGCGUCCUUUCACGCGCACUCCUCGUCAUCGCUAACGCGCCUGGAACGCGUCACUAACGUGUCCGUGUCUCCCGGCCGAUAUGCUGGCGCGCGAAGAAAACGCGGCAGGCGUAUUCCGUUUUUUCGAACCGACACGUCGAGCAUGUUAAACCUGAAGAUAACAACCGCGUCUAGCGGCUCGGAUCUCACCCCGUCUCCGGAAACUGCUCGAAGUUUGAUCGACGAGACUGUGAGAUCCGUACGCACCGUGCUGACGCCCGAGGACGCGAAGAAGGAGUCGAGGGGAAGUCGUCUUUCCAAGCAGAUCAAACACCUACGCGGCAAAUUUGAUCCUGUCGGCGAAGAGAGCCACUUUGCCGCCGUGAAUCCUAAGAAGGAGAGAAAUCUCAGAGAAAGCAAGAUCAGCGGUACGGUAAUGGCUGCAUUAUUGAUCGGAUCUAUACAGAAUAUGCCUUUGGAGAAUGUUGAGAGUACCGAUCCUGUUUCGAUUUUUCGCAGCGACGAUCAACCCGACGAGGAGGAGGUAAAGGAAGAGACACGCUGUAAGGAAAACCCUCCUGAGAGCGUGGAGAUCAAUGUCCAGGAUGGAGGGCAGAAGCAGGUUGAUGUCGCAUCCUCGAUCGACGAAACGGAAGCGUCUUCCUUCGGUGACGAUAACUCCACGGGUGACGAGUCGUCGGAGGAUACCACCAGUUACAACAUCCUGGACGAUUCGAGAUACGAGAUAGACAGAGAUUCCGACAAAGCAGAGUCGACCUCUUCGAGUCUGCAGGAAAGGAUUCCCAUCGCGCAUGGAUCCAGCACGGAUUCCACGCUGCAAAUAGAAUCGGAUGUAACGACGGAAAACACUAUACGAAAUGAUCUCGCGAUCCCCAUAAUCACUGUGGACGCUCGAGAGAGCACGGACUCGGACACAUCGAUCGACACGCCUGGACUAUCGAAUAACGAAAGUCUACCCGGAGUCACAAAUCUCCUUGCUCCAAAAUCAAUACUUUCGUCUCAUCAGGCGUCCGACACUUCUGACAGCGAGCAACGUCAGAAAUUGAACUUGGAAGUGAAGGAAGAUAAACGACACAGCAGUGCUACGUCCGGAUCGUCGACUUCCGCCGAUGCGCAUCACAUUCAUCUGACGAGACAUGAACGAGAUUUAUGUCGGGAGCGCAGUCGACAAUCCGCUCAUCGACAAAACGGGGAAUUAACGCGACUCGGGUCACCGUCUGCCGGUGAAAGAUCAGAAGAUCGCACGAAUACAGAUAAGGAGAAAAACGAUCCUACAAGUUUCUCGCAUGCGACGACUAGGUCUAGUCUAUCGAACGAGGAAGCCCGCGCGUUAGCGACAGCCGAGAGACGGAGAUGCAUGCGCGAUCUGAUCAAGCUGAUCGACACGAAGAUGAUGGUGUCUACGCGCGCGAUGCGUCGCAGCAAGAGGACUAAGUCGUCGCGAAGGAGCAAAAGGAGGAAGCGCGAAAAAAAGACGUCCCACAGGGACUCGAGAGAGUCUAAGAAUUCGCCGUUCGACAGAUUUCCUUCCCGUCACGGCGCGUCGUCUACGAGGAGACACGCGUCGCACAAGGACAUCCUUCUUCGCGUUUCUCGCGAUCGGUCGACUUCCGAGUGCCUCUCCUCGGGUCGGCUGCAUCCGAUCCUCUGCACCACUUCCCGUUCCUGUGGCUCCUCUCUCGUCAGCUUAACCGGUCAGACAAACGCGUCCUCCCCGUCUGCCACGUUUCAGCGUCGUCCGCACGACGGUCCGUCCAACACCGCGGGUAAGGCCUCGCCGAGGGGCACCCGUGGCGGCGAACUCGACGACGCGGCACCCGCGAUAUCCGUCAGCGGCGUUUGUAAUCUAGGAGAAACAUCACAUUAUCAUAUUGAUUGUACUGUGCCCACUAACAAUGCUAAUAUGACUUACAAUUCGCGUGUGUCCCGUCCUUCUCCCGAUCUUAGGCAGCAAGACGAGGCCUCGAUCAGUCCGUCCUGCCCGCUACCGACCGUUCCUACGAUGGCUGCGAAAAUGUCCCAGUCUCCGGCGACCAAAACGCUCGCUAGCGUGCCGCUUCACCGGCGAUCGAGCGACUCCGAUUUGAGCGUCACUCCCAAAGGUAACUCUCUUGGCAGUAGUGAAAAAUCGAUAACAGGUCCUUUAAGAACACCGACCGCAGUGGUCAGACCUAUGAAUCAAGACACGUUGGAAAUGUUAGAGUACCCAUUCAUCACUAUGCAACAUUAUCCACCUGGCUUCAUACUACAUAUAGGUGGUCUAGUGAGCUCGAAGUCGGUGAAAUUACUCGAGAGGAUAAGUAACUUGGAGGAGCCGGAGGGCCGUGAUUCGUGGUGGACUGAAAUUAGAAUGGAAGUUAGAUCGCAUGCGAGAGCGUUAGGUUGCAACGUUGUUAUAGGCUACAAGGAAGAAACUAGUAUAUGCGACGACGUGUGCGUGCUGAGUGGUUCCGGUACCGCGGCAGUCAUAAAUCUUCACAAUUCCGGCCAAGAUCCGGACGGCGUCAUUCUGAAUAAGCUUCAGCAGAGCGUGCCCACGGCUGCCGUAGAUUUAGAGAAAGGUCAGCAGCAAAAGUCCGUAGCGGUGAAGGCGGAGAAAGUUGACGGCGAUGCUUCGUCCGUCGUGACUCACUCGGAACGACAGAACGGAAAGGUGUGCAAGCACUCUUCCGAUGGUAACGAUCACGAGAGCUCAUCCUGCGGCCAGUCGCAGCUGCGAUGCAACCUGUGCCAUCUUCCUUACAGCGAGAGCAGUGUGCCAUUUAGAGUCAAUGUGUCCAAGUGUGCCAUAUGCAAGCGUGCCAAAGUCCCGGACGUGAUGUUCACCACUAUAGAGGUGCCCGCGAAUAUACCGACAACCGGAAGGGGUUGUUUUAUUCAGGCGACCGUGUGUAAGAGCAAGAAGGAUCUGCGGGGCGAAUUGAACGCGAAGGAAAUAUCAGAUUGCCUGCCAUUCUUAGAAUACGAGCUGCAUAGUUUAUUGUUGAAUAAGCUCAAGAUUAAAGGAAUGAACGCGGUCUUCGGCCUCAAGUUGCAGGUUUCCGUUGGGGAACGGUUCAUAAUUGGUAUGGCGGUAGGUACCGCGAUCUACUUGACAGCGCUACCGCCGCCCACCAUCCCGCAAAUAGCGUCUGGCAAUUCGUGGCAUAAGGAGGAGCAAUUGGGGGAAAUGCAAAAGUCUAUCGUAGAAACGGUGAAGAAGAAUAGAGAAUUUUAUCGUCUGAAACCUAUCGGAGUCAACGAAGUCGAAAAUGGACGCAUUCAGAGCACUUCCGAUACGGACGAAUCGGACGAAGAUCUGCCAGAACUUGAUCUUGGAUUGGGUACUCGCGACGCGUGUAUUUUGGAAGUGGACGACAUCGAGGACAUGGACCGGAUAUCAUCGUUAAUGGACAACAGGCCACCCGACGAUUUCCAUGUUGUUAACACGCAAACGAUACCUGGUCUUGAGGAUUUAGAAAUCGUCAGGAAUCUACAAAUGUUCACGCAGAUCUCAAGAGCUAAAAUCCCUAUGGUACAAUUUGCCUCGAUGCCAUCGAAAUAUUUCGCCAGAUUACUUCAGUCCUUGUACUUUAAAUUAAGAAGAAUGGUUCCUUGCGCGCUAUGCGAUAUGCAGUUUAAAGUAGCAUUAUCCGAACAAGAUGAGAUACAACUAACCGUCGUUGGUAUGGCACUGGGCUUAGGAGAACCUUUGAAUACGAAUAAAUAUAAAAGAAAAAUUGUGUGCCGUUCCUUGAGCAAGGAUCAAGUAAGAAAACCAGAUGACAGUGAUAUGAUAUUCAGCCUAGAUGAGGAUCAUUUAGAGAACAAUAUAUCCGACAGUGCGACACGCACUUGCAUAGGAAAUCCUGCAACUUUAAGCAGUACUCCUGUACAAAAACCAAGACCACGCUCACCUUUGCGUUUAAAAUCAUUUACUACUCAUAGACGUAAACAUGUGCCUUUGAAAGGAAGAUACGGCGUAGAUAUAACACCUUUAUCUUAUCUACCAGGUGGAAGGAUAGAGAGAUAUCAAGGCAAUUUGAACUUCUUUUUUAUUCGCGAAAGUACAUCGAUACGGGAGAAUGGUGGAUUGAGCGGUUUCACUCACAGCUUCGUGAUGGAAGUUUUGGCGAUCGUUCGCGCGCACAUUACGGCAUUAGGCGGUAACGCUAUGGUAGCGUUCUUUAUGACGCAGUGCGUGCUUCUCCACAGUCCUCACAAAAAUCAAGGUCAAUGUCUUAUUAAUGUGGGUGGCGAUGUUGUGACAGUAUCUUAUUACGCGGAUGAGAAACAUGGCGCCGUUUCAAAUUGCUGACCCCAACCUCCACAUUCGGCGCCACCAUAAACGACCAUUUAAUACAAUGGCAAUUAAUGUGACGAAAUAUUUGCCAAUAUCAAUGCUAUUAUAGAUAGAUCAUAUGUUAUCGAUUCUGUGAGACUUUUAUUGCAUUGCACAAUGCCCAAUCUCAGAAUGUUUUUUCGUAGCAAUCAAUAUUGUUAUUUAUUAAUUUAUUUUAUGGAGGUACAGAAAGAUUCAAUACUUAAUUUAAAAUAUUAUUUUCUUUAAGUGUUAAUACACUAGAAUAAUGAAAUAUGACAAAGGUAUGUUAACCUGUUGUUAUAAAUUUAAAAUAUCUUGUAUAUUUAAUAUCUACUGUGUGACUAAAUAUUUAAAUGGCUUAGUAUUUAUGAAGUUUCUAGUGAUUAAACACAAUUAUGUAUAUAUUAUCUCAUCCAAGGGUGUUAUUACGUAAUCACUUAGCGACAACUAUCAAUGUCGUUAAGUGUGGUUACGCAUAUUUUUCCAUAUAUCAAAAUACGUGGCGCAAAGACACUUAACGACAUCGAUGUCAGUAAGUGGUUAGGGAUUAGCAGUCCUGGGAUAUCUCACCUGAAAUAGUCUAUUAUAUACAAUGAUGUCAUCAUCUAUUUCCUCAGUUACACAUUUUCAAUUUUUUGUUAAUGAUUAACUAAAUACUCAAUUAUACUUUCAAAGUACUCUGUUAUUGAUAGUAUAAUUGGAAAGAUAAUGGUUCUACACAUAAAAAUCUUAAUCAAUCUAAUGAUUUUAACUAUGUAGAACAUAUACGAAUUUAUUUUUCUUUGUUUUGAUUACAAUACAAUGACAGACUACUUCAUAAAUAGGAUACUAAUCUAUGGAAUGUAAAAUUCUCUUUUGAAAGUUUCUCUAAAAAUUAUUCAGAGUAAAAUAUAAGAUUAAAUUUAAGUUUUUUAAAAACGAUAUAAUUCUAUCAAAGGCAUAAAAGUUACAGGAUAAAGUAUUGGAAUUUAUCCUUUUGCAAAUCAACAUAGUUUGGUAACUAGGUGCCUUUAAAACUGCAAAAAGAAUUCCCUGUAUAGAAUAUAGCUAAAGAUCUAGUGUAACAACGGUUCUCAAAUUUAAGUUUUGCGAGUCUAAAAUAUUGAUUUAAAAAAACAAUAUUGUCUUGAAAAAUUAAUAUAAAAUAAUCCAUUUAGUUUACCUUAAUGUCUUUAGUUGUGUUAGUACUUGGGGAAAAAAGUACUAGUGCAAAAGAUGAAUGAUUUGUGGUUUAAAAAAUUAUUUAAAGACAAACAUUACUAAUUUUGAUAGUAAACGAAUAAGCAAUAAUAUGAAUAUUAUUUAUUGUAAUUGUAGUCGAAUGAAUCAUACAUUUUUGCUCAAAUAGCAUACAAUUAAACUUAAAAAAUGUCGCGUUCUAAUCUGGUGUCAUUUUAAAAUUAGUAUCAAGGUAAAAAUUAUUAAUAUUUAACAUUGUUCAAAUACAUAAUUUAUAUGUUGUACUUAUUUACUUGAUCGAUAACUAUAUAAUACAUCUAACUGCGAAGCAAAAUGUCCGAUGAUAAAAACUCUAGUCAAAAUGUCAUUGUUUAUUUCUCUGUUAUAUUAAUAUUAAAUUAUUUAUAAAAAAUAAUAAA